CUCCAGCUCCCUCAACGUUCGAUGAAAUAUACCUUGGAAACAUUGUUGCUCAUGCGCUGUUCCCUCCUUCACCGUCUUUCGAGGCGAAUAUAAGCACCCCUCAUCAUUUCCCCAAUCUUCACCUCUCGUCUCCGGACUCUAAUCAACCAUCUCCACCCAGCAUCGUCCUUCAACAUGAGUGUUCGCACUGUCGAGGUCAAGCCAUUCCAAGACCAGAAGCCCGGCACUUCUGGUCUCCGCAAGAAGGUCAAGGUCUUCCAACAAGAGCACUACUCUGAGAACUUCAUUGCCUCCAUCCUCCUCUCCAUUCCCGAAGGCGUUGAGGGCUCAUAUCUUGUCAUUGGCGGUGACGGCCGUUACUGGAACCCGGAAGUUACCCAGCACAUCGCCAAAAUCGGUGCUGCGUAUGGUGUAAAGAAGCUGCUCAUCGGCCAAGAUGGCAUCCUCUCUACUCCAGCUGCAAGCCACUUGAUUCGCAUCAAGAAGGCUACUGGUGGCAUCCUGCUCACUGCCUCGCAUAACCCAGGCGGACCCACUGAAGACUUCGGUAUCAAGUACAACUUGGCCAAUGGUGCCCCUGCACCGGAGAGCGUCACCAACAAGAUCUACGAGACAUCAAAGACUUUGACAUCAUACAAGAUCGCCGACAUCCCCGACAUCGACCUCUCCACGAUCGGCACCAAGACAUAUGGUCCACUCGAGGUCGAAAUUAUCCACAGCACCACAGACUACCUGGCCAUGCUCAAGGACAUCUUCGACUUCGACCUGAUCAAGAAGUUCUUGCAAGAGCACAAGGAUUUCAAGGUCCUCUUCGAUGGCUUGAGCGGUGUUACUGGCAACUACGGUAAAGACAUCUUUGAGAAAGAGCUCGGAAUUCCCAACAGCACACAAAACUGCGUACCCAAGCCAGACUUUGGCGGACACCACCCAGACCCAAACCUCGUCUACGCACACUCUCUCGUAGAGGUCGUCGACCGAGAAGGCAUCCACUUCGGUGCCGCCUCGGACGGUGACGGCGACCGCAACAUGAUCUACGGUGCCAACUCCUUCGUCUCCCCUGGUGACUCUCUCGCUAUCAUUGCCCAUCACGCCGAGCUCAUCCCAUACUUCAAGAAGCAGGGCGUGUACGGACUUGCUCGAUCCAUGCCUACCUCUGGAGCGGUCGACCUGGUCGCGAAAAAGAAGGGACUUUCUUCAUACGAGGUGCCCACAGGAUGGAAAUUCUUCUGCGGUCUCUUCGACUCCAACAAGAUGAACAUCUGCGGCGAGGAGUCAUUCGGUACCGGAUCCAACCACAUCCGUGAGAAGGAUGGUCUCUGGGCGGUUGUCGCCUGGCUGAACAUCAUUGCUGGUGUUGGUCAAGAAAAGGGCACGACUCCAUCCAUCAAGAGCAUCCAGCACGACUUCUGGAACAUCUACGGUCGCACUUUCUUCACUCGCUACGACUACGAGGGUGUCGAGACGGCUGGCGCCAACAAGGUCGUCGCCCACGUCAAAAACCUCAUCACCACCGAGAAGGACAGCUUCAUUGGCUCUUCGAUUGCGGGCCGCAAGGUCGUCGAGGCCGAUGACUUCAGCUACACCGAUCUCGAUGGCAGCGUGAGCGCCAACCAGGGUAUCUUCGUCAAGUUCGACGACGGCAGCCGCAUUGUCGUCCGUCUUUCUGGCACUGGCUCUUCCGGCGCCACCAUCCGUCUGUACAUCGAGAAGCACGACAGCAACCCAGAGACGUACGGCCUCGAUGCGCAAGAGUACCUCAAGGAUAACGUCAAGCUCUCUGUGGAGCUUCUGAAGCUACAGGAGUACAUUGGACGCGUUGAGCCAGACGUCAAGACUUGAUGUCGUCUUGGUGAAGAAGGAUAGGGUUAUCAGUGACAGGAUUAUAUAUACCAAAGGUUGACAUGAUCACCUAAAAUGACAAUGAAUAAUAAACAGAAAGUACGAUUUGAGCAAUAAUACACCAUACUCGCAGGUUUGGUGAUCCUCGUAACCGGAUGCAUCGCUCCAAAAUUGUCCAUGAUCGCGUCUUCGUGAAGACC